AUGGAUCCCUGGGAGCUGUGCACCGUCGAAAGGGUACAAGGCGAAAGCAGAUUGACGCUCGCUGCAACGGCGACUUUGGAAGCUCCUGAGCGGAGGGCCUGGACAGCCUGGUGGAUGGCAACGAGCGACGAAGCGCAUGCCGUAUCUAUCGUCAUGCUCGCGCCGCCAGUCAAAUAG